CUCUCUUCAUCUUUUGCUGCUCUUUGGCUUGCUUAACCAUCCAAGAUGGCGGCGCUUGUGGGUCUGCGUGCAUGUUUCUCCGCCCUUCAGCUGUCUUCGCCAGGCCUCCUGCACAGCUCCUUGAAAUUGUCUGCUGUGCGUCUGAGUCGGCGAACCUUUGCUGCAGAGGCUAAGAAGACAUACAGCAGAGAAAAACCCCAUGUCAACAUUGGAACAAUUGGCCACGUUGACCAUGGCAAGACAACCCUGACUGCAGCCAUCACAAAAGUGCUCUCUGACGCCGGUGGUGCGAACUUUAAAAAGUAUGAAGACAUUGACAAUGCCCCUGAGGAGAAGGCGAGAGGAAUCACCAUCAACGCCUCUCAUGUGGAGUACACCACAGCCAACAGACAUUAUGCUCACACAGACUGUCCUGGUCAUGCCGACUAUGUCAAGAACAUGAUUACUGGCACAUCUCAGAUGGACGGCUGCAUCCUGGUGGUGGCGGCCACUGACGGCCAGAUGCCUCAGACACGAGAGCAUCUCCUGUUGGCCAGGCAGAUUGGUGUCGAUCAUGUGGUGGUUUUCAUUAACAAGGCCGACGCCGUGGAGGACAAGGAGAUGGUGGAGCUGGUGGAGAUCGAGAUCCGCGAGCUGCUCACAGAGUUUGGCUAUGAUGGCGAGAACACGCCUGUUGUGGUAGGCUCAGCCCUCUGCGCCCUGGAGAACAGAGAGCCUGAACUUGGUGUAAAUGCAGUGAUGAAUCUGCUGGACAUUGUGGAUUCUUACGUUCCUCUCCCCAAAAGAGAGCUCGAAAAACCUUUUCUUCUGCCCAUUGAAGGGGUUUAUUCAAUCCCAGGCAGAGGUACUGUGGUGACAGGCACUAUGGAGAGGGGUAUCAUCAAGAAAGGAGACGACUGUGAGUUUGUGGGCCACAAUCGCAGCUUCAAGUCAGUGGUUACAGGUAUUGAGAUGUUUCACAAGUCUCUGGACCGGGCAGAAGCUGGAGAUAACCUGGGCGCUCUGGUCCGAGGACUGAAGAGAGAGGACAUAAGGAGAGGGAUGGUGAUGUGCAAACCAGGAUCCAUCAUGCCAUACCAGACAAUCAAGGCCCAGGUGUAUGUUCUCAGUAAGGAGGAGGGAGGCAGACACAAACCGUUUGUCACCAACUUCAUGCCCGUCAUGUUCUCUCUAACCUGGGACAUGGCCUGCAGAGUCACGCUGCCCGAUGACAAGGAAAUGGUAAUGCCAGGCGAGGACACCUCCUUGACGCUCACGCUCCGCCAGCCAAUGGUUCUGGAAAAAGGCCAGAGGUUCACCCUGAGAGACGGAAACAAGACCAUCGGCACCGGCCUGGUCACAGACAUCCUGGCGGCUAAAGAUGAAGACCAGUCCAACUGGGGCUGAAGGGAAACUGCAGAGGACUGGGCUAGGGGGAGGGUGCUCGGGGAGGGGGGGGUCAUGGAGGAAGGGUGUGUGGUUGUCUGUGUCUGGUCAAAUAAUUACAGAAAUCUACAAAUAAAGUACAUAAACCAUUACACAAACUUCAAACAGGGAAGGACUGAAAGGAAUUUGUGGCUCUGUUGUGCAGGUUCACCCAACCAAAAUAUCUGAUAUGUUUAUCUCUGUCUUUAUGUUAAAAUGCCAGACUGUCAGAAUUAUGCCAUUUAUGUAAUAAAAUGUAUUUAAUAAUA